AUGGACGAACACGACGAUGUUUCUGGAGGGUUUUCGUCGAAUCCCAGAUCCGAAUUAAAGAUCGGAGGCGAUGGAACAAAAGGGUUGAGUGAAAUUCGUCAUCUGAACCCAAUUCCAAAUUCAGGGAACACUGGUCAUGCUUCUAAAGACAUUGGACAGGCCAAUGACAUGUCUCAAGUUAGUAAAAUUUCGCAGAGUUUUUUCCAAGAAGGGAUGAGUAAUAAGAGUGAACUGUUGGGUCAAGAGGUCAAGUCUUCUUCGAGUAAGCUUGAUGUCAACACAGAUGUUGAAAAGGGAGUUUUGGUUAAGAGAUAUGAUGUUGGAUGUGUAGCACAGAAAAGAAGUGGAUUAGACUUUAACGCGAAUACUGUUUCUAGCUGCUUGAGUGAUGAUUUAUCAUCGGUUUGCUCCUCAAGGAGACGCGAUAAACCUAGUUCAAUAUCCGAGUGUGGGAGUUCUAAUGUUACUGUUGAGGAAAAUGAUCCAAUGAAGCUGUGGAAAGCAAUGAAACAGAACGGUUUUCUUUCUAAUCCACACGGCGGGAUUUCAGCGGCACCAAGCAGUUGUCUUGUCUCAUCUUCUCACGGAGGGAUACCGGCUCCAAGGAAACGUGGUCGCAAAAGCAAGAAUAAUGAAGCUGCAAUGGCGAAGAAGAGAAAGAUAGAGAUUGCAAGGAAGGAAGAAGUUGACAGGUUUGCUAGGCUCGCUGCACCGAGUGGAUUGCUCAAUGAAUUGAACCCUGGAAUUAUUAACCAUGUUAGAAACAAAAAGCAAGUACUUUCCAUUAUCGAAAACAUUGUCAAGUCUGACAGAGAUUCUGGAAACUUCCAUCAACAUUCGAAGAGGCAUAGCAAUACUACAGUUGGUGGUUCCAGGAAAAACUUGGAAGAUGUAAACAGUGAGACCUCUAGAUCUGUAUUUAACCAAGGAUUCAAGUAUGGCAUGCCAGAAGCUAAUUACUCUAUACGCUACUACGAGGAGAAAUGUGCAGAUGGUGAGGUCAGUGAAGAAAACAAUACAGCUGUGUCAAGGUUUCAAGUAGCAAGUAAGUUCUCAGAAAAUGUCAGUUCUUUGUCAAGCGGAGACAUAGCAGAAGUUAACUGUAAUAGUGUUCUCACUGUUAAAGCUGCUACAGUAGCUUCUCAAUGGUUGGAAUUGCUUCAUCAGGACAUCAAAGGCCGUGUUACCGCUCUUCGGCGUAGCAAGAAGAGGGUUCGAGCAGUUGUCAUGACAGAGUUACCUUUCUUAUUAAUGAAAGAAUUCUCAGCUGAUCAAGAGAAUGACACAAAUUUACUCCUCUGUGGGACUACUUCGAGGACUUCAACAGUCGAUAUCCACAAGACGAAAUGGAUGGCUCUGUUUAACCAACUCGAACAAACGCUAUCAGAAGAAGAGAAACAAUUGGAAAACUGGUUAAACCAAGUGAGAGAAUUGCAAUCACACUGUGAUCAAGGACUACAACACUUGAGCUUGAGUUCGGGUCAGAAUUUCUUACAGUUAGGAAUGCCAUUGGACUCUAGAGCCGCGAAUGCGCUGAUCACAGAUAAGGAUUUAGUCGUUAAAGCAGCAGCAGCCUCCUUAUUCUCGACCUGCAGUUUUCUAGCAUCAAAGGAGAACAUAACCUGUACCUGA